AGCUGGUGCAACCUGGGCAGGGCGAUCCGGGUUGGGGGUUUUUUUGGAGAGGGAGGAGGGUCUUGGGUAAGUGGCAAGGGCGCACUUUGCGCGCGCGCAGAGGCUGGGGAAUCCCUGCCUGGAAGGGGAGGGUGGAAGGAGGGAGAGGCAGCCUGCCCUGGGUCUAAAUGCAAACACAGGCUUCUUCUGUGUUGCUUUUUGCAAAAAUGAUGGGCAAGGCAUUGGUUUUUGCGGGGCAGAGAGAAAGAGAUUUCUGCACGAUGCGGUUCUGCAUUAUGGUUGCUGAUGCUGAAGCUGCCUGAUCCGGAGUCAGUCCGGAGUUGGUUGCCCCUGCAGUCCCAAGGUCAUAGGAUCGUAGGGACCCAAGGAGUCAUUAUUCCAACCCUCCGGGGCAACACAAUAAUCGCAGCUGAAGCACCCCUGACCCAUGGCCACCCAGCAUCUUUUUUAAAGUCUCCAAUGAAGUGGAGUCCACCAUCUUCCGAGGGAGACUGUUCCAGGAGGUUCUUUCAAAUAUUUAGCCAGAACAUCUUCCCCCGCCCUCCUCCAGUGCAAUCAAUAACAGCAAGUCUCUGCAAAGGGGAAGGGACCAAGAGUGAGCAGGGAUAGCAAACCCAGGUGCCAAUUCAUUUAAAAAGUUACUUUUCGUAAUGAUCAGUUGGCCCAGUUCAGUGCCCGAUGGUGUUGGGCAGAGCCAAAGGACUCUUUUUCACAUCUUGGAUACAGUGGUAGCUCGGGUUAAGUACUUAAUUUGUUCUGGAGGUCCGUUCUUAACCUGAAACUGUUCUUAACCUGAAGCACCACUUUAGCUAAUGGGGCCUCUGACUGCUGCCGCACGAUUUCUGUUCUCAUCCUGAAGCAAAGUUCUUAACCUGAGGUACUAUUUCUGGGUUAGCAGAGUCUGUAACCUGAAGUGUCUGUAACCCAAGGUACCACUGUAUUUCCUGAUUUUAACACAGUUCUUUCGUUGUGUGUUUCAGCUGGGCGUUCGCUGCUGCCUAACCGGCUUCGGAGUCUGAUUUGACGCUGAGCGUCAGACGGAUGGUUAACGGAGGCUCUUAAUAGGCUUUGCCAGGCUGGACCACCGAGGGAGGAAGCCCUGGAGUUGAACCUCUGCCACCCACGGCCGGCAUCUGGGAGCUCCGGGAGAGAUAGGGAGAAAGGAGAUGGACGCAGGUCGAAGGAAGAACGAGCCAGAUGACGUGGUCCAGGCUGCGCUCAAGCAGUGGCCGCUCGCAGGCCUGAAAACGGAAGACCAAGACCAUGGUGGUGCUACAACAAGGGAGGAAUUCGUUGAAGGAGGGAGAGACCUUUGUGCUUUCCGGACUGGGAGGAUGGGGGACAUUGAAUCCAGGGUACCAGGAGAGAAGGUGAAGCAGGAGUCGGGCGCAGGGCUUCUUCAGCACUGGGAAUCCCAGUGGCAGGAGUUCUUGAAGAUGGUGGAGUCCCACCACACGCACUGGGAGAUCCCAGCAGAAGAGCCUACCCCUUGGGAGGAUGCCAAGGGCUUUCUGGCCUCCUUCGAGCAAGUGGCCAAAGCCUGUCGGUGGCCCCAGGAGGAGUGGGCGGCCCGGCUCCUGCCAGCACUCAGUGGAGAAGCGGAGCAGGCCUUCGGCAGCUUGGAAGCUGGGGACAGAGAGGAUUAUGGGAAAGUGAAGGCGGCCAUCUUGCGCCGGGACGCCCUGGCCCGGGAGCAGUGGUGCCAACACUUCCGGCAUUUCUGCUACCAGGAGGCCGAGGGGCCAAGAGGCGCCUACAGCCGCCUGCGAGACGUCUGCCACCGGUGGCUCAAAGUGAAGAGGAACAGCAAGGAGCAGAUCCUGGAGCUGCUGAUUCUGGAGCAGCUCCUGGCUGUCUUGCCGCCCGAGGUCCAGGGGUGGGUGAGGGAGGUUGGGCCCGAAACGUGCUCCCAGGCGGUGGCUCUGGCGGAGGAGUUCUUGCUGAGGCAGCGAGAGGCCGAGAGGCCGCAGAAACAGGUGAGGCUGCUGUGGCGGAGAGCUUUGAGGGCCAGAGCGACAAAAUGUGGGGUGAGGAAGGGGAACUGUUGCAAGGCAUCCUGGGACCAGCCCUGCCUGUAUCUCGAUGGUGUCCACAUAGCAACAUAGGGUGGUAUUUGACAAUGGUAUACUCAGAAAGCUCAGUGGAUUAGAGCGUGGUGCUGAUAACGCCAAGGUUGCAGGUUCGAUCCCUGCGUGUAUAUUUUUUACAAAUUUUUCAGUUUAUGAAAAAUAAAUAUUUUCAGUUUAUGAAGCAAUUCUGUAUCCUUCCACCACGCUGACGAAGAAUUCUACGAAACAGUAGUCAAUAUCCGGAAUCACUGUUCAGUGUUAGACCUCAUAUUUGCUGAAUACACAAAGCUUCACAGCUUGUCAUUCAUCGUACAAAGUCCAGUACCUCGCUUCAGUUAAAGAUUUCCAGAGACUUUGAGACUAAAGAUUUCAUUAUGUACUUGUUAUGGUUUGAAGGAAUUCUAUAAAGAUUGUCUAUUGCGUAUGUACAUGGUCAUCGUGUUGCCUAGACAUUGCUGACAUUCUCUUUGCAACACAGGGGUUUGUUUGGUUACUUCUUGUCGUUCCAGAUGCAGGCAGCCUUUGAGGAGGAUGGCUACGGUUUCUCUGAACCAGCGCAGGUUCUGACCGACACGGGGCAGAGGCAGCAGGAGAGGGGAGCGAAGGAGGAGGCCGGCUCUGGAGACGCAAGCUCACGAGGUAAGGAGGAUACCCAAUCUCAGGCUUGCAGUCGAAAAGGCGUGGCACAAAAGGAAAAGGGACUGGGGUGGGAGGAGGAGUAGAUGGGGGAUAGCAAACGCCAGACACUCUUUUUAAUUAGGGAAUCCUUGUCAUGAGCAGCUGAGAAGGAAAAUUUUCAAAGAGAGGAGGAGACAAAUGUUUCUGUUCUUCCAGCAGAAGAAUGGAAAGUCCUUUCUCCCUGUCUCCCACACCUGUAGUCAAUGGAAUAGACCAUGAAAUAACAACAACAACAACUUUUAUUUAUACCCCGCCCUCCCCCGGAGAGUUACAUCCCCCCCCCCCGGUCACCCUCUUUGGUUGUCACUUUUUUUCAACGAUCACUAUGAUUUACAUUUUUUAUUUGUAUGCUGCUUUCCCAUUUAAAACAAAAAAACACUCAAAAUGUCUUGUGAAAGAACAACAAAAAUGUGAAUCAAUACACCAUUAACCAUAACAAUCAAAUGGGGGGAAUUGUUUCGAAACAUAGCAGUCCAACAUAGAAUUUGCUUUAUUUGUUUAUUUAUAAUUAAUUUCAAUCAGCAAAAUUUAUAUUCCGCUUAAUUGUCGUGAAACCUCUAAGCGGCUUACAAGGAACAUUAGAAGCAUCAAUAAACAUCAAUGGAUAAUGUUUACUGAAUAUUUUAAGAACCAGUAUAGACAAAGACAUAGCUUAGCAGGUUUUGAGUAAAUCCAGUAGAGUUGAAAUAGAUGUGGAUUAGGCGGAAUAGUGAGGGACGCGGGUGGCGCUAUGGGUAAAACCUCAGUGCCUAGGACUUGCUGAUUGUAUGGUCAGCGGUUCGAAUCCCCGCGGCGGGGUGAGCUCCCGUCGUUGGGUCCCAGCUCCUGCCCACCUAGCAGUUUGAAAGCACUCUUAAGUGCAAGUAGAUAAAUAGGUACCGCUUUAUAGCGGGGAGGUAAAUGGCAUUUCCGUGUGCUGCGCUGGUGCUGGCUCGCCAGAAGCAGCUUCGUCACGCUGGCCACGUGACCCGGAAGUGUCUUUGGACGGCGCCGGCUCACGGCCUAUAGAGCGAGAUGAGCACGCAACCCUAGAGUCGGACACGACUGGCCCAUACGGGCAGGGGUACCUUUACCUUUACCUUUUAGGCGGAAUAGUAGAAAAGCAAAGGAACCAGGAACCAGGGGUAGAAGGGGAGUCAUAUGGUAUAUAUAUAUAUAUCGUACUUUUCCAUGUAUAAGACUAGGUUUUUUACUAAAAAAAAAGUUUAAAAGGGGGGGUCAACCCAGCCGCAUGGGCAGGGUAUAAAUAAUAAAAUGCUUAUGAUUCUUAUUAAUCACAUCAACAUUCUUUUAACAAUUUCAACAGAUUACAUGCAAGUGGGUGAGUGCGACGGGCAAAACCGUCCCCAGGAAAGCCGUGACAACGUGGAACCAUCCAUCACGGAAAGCGUCGCCCGGGUUUGCAAAGAGGGCAAAACCUCGGAGGGUCAGGGCGAACCAAAGAGGCCACAGGCGAGCUGGCCGGGGAAUCGGGUGGGGGAAUCUGUUCCCUGCGGGACGAGCGAGAUCUCUCUUGAUCAAACCCCACUGCGGCGGCAGCCUCAAGGCUCAGACGGCGGAUCUGGCGAAAGCUUCGAUUCGGAGUUCGUGAAGUACGAAGCGGUUGAAAUCCAGGAAUCGGCCUACCCAUGCGAGGACGGGACGCAACUCAGUUGCAAGGAGGAUCUCAGGAGAAACAGCCCGCACUUCCGCGGGAAGCCGUACCAGUGCAGUUAUUGCGAAAAGGCCUUCAGCCGCCGGUCGCACCUGGUGACACACGAGAGGACCCACACGGGAGAGAAACCCUACGCCUGCUCCUUCUGCGGCAAGAGCUUCAUCCAGAGCUCCCACCUCAUCCUCCAUGAGAGGACCCACACCGGCGAGAAGCCCUAUCGGUGUUGCGCCUGCGGAAAGAGCUUCAGCAGCACCUCCAACCUCCUGGCCCACGGCAGGACCCACACGGGCGAGAAGCCCUACAAGUGCGCCGUCUGCGAGAAGGGCUUCAUCAGCAAGUCGCACCUGGUCCGCCACCGCAGGAACCACGCUGGGGACAGGCCACCCACAGAACAAUCCUGCUCCGGGAAAGCCUUCUGCUUGGCCUAGUUUCUUACGAGACCAAGAAAGGGAGACUACUUCAGAGUAAAGCCAUAGCAGAAAGCCCACCUUCUUUUUACAAAGAAGGUGUGGGGCGUGGCAGAGAGAGACAUUUUUAUUUUGGUCCAGAUUUGGCUGCUUCGGAAGGUGUUCCAGGCCUGGAAAAAAAUGUAAUACAAGAAAAAAGCACACCAAGAACUCAGGCCAAUGUAAGUUUCAACAGUGGGAGUGGUCCCUACUCACAAAUCAAUAGUCAAUAGCAACAAAAACUAACCCAAGGAUUAGUUUCUGACAAGGAUUACAAACUCAAAUAGAGAUUACAAACUCCAACAGAGAUUACAAACUUAAACCCAUAAAAAUAUGUAUAACACAAUAAUUCAUUACAGAAUUAGAAAUAAGAGUUUAUGAGUAGAAAUAAAUUCAUGUUCGUCCAAAUUCGUCAUGGAGGUCCCAGCCUCAAUCAUUGAGCUGAAGUCAGAAGUCAAUUAUGGAUUAGAGACCAGGACAGGGCUGUUGGAGUUUGUAAUCUCUAUUUGAGUUUGUAAUCCUUGUCAGAAUACAUACUUUUGAAUGGAUUAGUUUUUGUAGCUAUUGACUAUUGAUUUGCGAGUAGGGACCACUCCCACUGUUGAAACUUACAUUGGCCUGAGUUCUUGGUGUGCUUUUUUCUUGGUAUAUUUAAUAACUGGAAAAUAUUGUAGCCCGGGAGCGGCAAAACCUGUGGCUGUCCAAUUCCUCUUAUCAUUCCUGAUGAGAAUAAUUUUAUUACUUAUAUGCCGCCCAUCUCACUGGGUUUCCCCAGGCACUCUGAGCAGCUUCCGGGGAAAUAUAAAAACACAAUCAAACAUCAAAUGUUAAAAACUUCCCAAUACUGGGCUGCUUUCAGAUGUCUACGUAAGGUCAUAUAAUAUUGUUUAUCUCCUUGACAUCUGGUGGGGGGGGGGGUUCCACGGGGCGGGUGCCACCACUGAGAAGGCCCUGUGCCUGGUUCUCUGUAACCUCCCUUCUCGCAGGGAGGGAACCAGCAAAAGGCCCUCAGAGCUGGACCUCAGCUGAAUGAUGGAAGUGGAGACAGGAUCGCAAGCAAUAUUAACUGUAGUAUGCAAUUUCUUUAAAGAAAUUGUAUACUACAAUUUAUAUUGUUUGCGAUCCUGUCUCCUGGCAUUGAUUAUUGAUGAACUGGGGGGUGGGGAGCAGGUGGCGCUGUGGUCUAAACCACCAAGCCUCUUAGGCUUGCCGAUCGGAAGGCUGGUGGUUCGAAUCCCUGCAACGGGGUGAGCUCCCGUUGCUCUGUCCCAGCUCCUGCCAACCUAGCAGCUCGAAAGCACGCCAGUGCAAGUAGAUAAAUAGGUACCGCUCUGGCGGGAAGGUAAAUGGCGUUUCCGUGUGCUCUGACACUCGUCACAGUGUCCCGUUGUGCCAGAAGCAGUUUAGUCAUUCUGGCCACAUGACUGGAAAAGCCAUUGGCGGACAAACGCCGGCUCCCUCAGCCUGAAAGUGAGAUGAGUGCCGCAACCCCAUAGUCUAAUUUGACUGGACUUAACUGUCCAGGGGUCCUUUACCUUUUACCUUUAUUGGUGAACCUACCGGUUAGAAAUGCCUGUCCUUCUGGGAGCUGGACUUGAAGGGAGAACUUGAGGAAAUGCAUAGAUCCUGGAUCAUUACUUGACGUGAAAAUUGUUGGAUCAUUCUGUUCAAAGUGUGUGUAUGUGUUUCUGUGUUUGUAGAGACAGAGGCAAAAAUCCUUUGGAUCAUUCGUUUGAUGAAAUAAAUUUCAAACCAUUGCUUUACUUCCGUUGCACAGCAUCCAACCAUGUCUUGUUAGGUUUUAGGUAAAGGUAAAGGUACCCCUGCCCGUAUGGGCCAGUCGUGUCCGACUCUAGGGUUGUGCACCUAUCUCACUUAAGAGGCCGGGGGCCAGCGCUGUCCAGAGACACUUCCGGGUCACGUGGCCAGCGUGACAAGCUGCAUCUGGCGAGCCAGCGCAGCACACGGAAACGCCGUUUACCUUCCUGCUAGUAAGCGGUCCCUAUUUGUCUACUUGCACCCGGGGGUGCUUUCGAAUUGCUAGGUUGGCAGGCGCUGGGACUGAGCAACGGGAGCGCAUCCCGCCGCGGGGAUUCGAACCGCCGACCUGAUGAUCGGCAAGUCCUAGGUGCUGAGGUUUUACCCACAGCGCCACCCGCGUCCCUUGUUAGGUUUUACCUGCCUUAAAUGUUAGCGACAUUCGCACUCUGCACUAGCCGGGACUCUGUAGGCCUAAUAAUAAUAAUAAUAAUAAUAAUAAUAAUAAUAAUAAAUUUAUUAUUUAUACCCUGCCCAUCUGGCUUGGUUUCCCAGCCACUCUGGGCAGCUCACAGCACGUAAAACAUUAGACUUUAACAAUUUUCCAAUACAGGGUUGUCUUCAGAUGUCUUCCAAAAGUCAGAUAGUUGUAUGUAGCUGUUGUAUGUCUGUAAAGAAGUUCCCUUUAAUAAUAAACACAACGGAGUAUGAGUCUUUCUGCUUGGACCUAACACAUGUACCAAAAUGCCAUCUUUGAAAGUCUUCACCUUCACAGGUGGGGAACCUGUUCAAGACCAGUUCUCAAGUUCUUUCUAUAAUAUUCCAACACGCACUCUUUGUCAGCCUUGCUCCAUCAUCUCCUCAAGUGCUUUUUCCUGGCCUUUAGAUGUCCUUAGUUGCUUGGGGUGGAUAAAGAGGGCUUUGGGUGGGUGCAAACCCAUGACUCUAUAGUCCCCUGCUGGGACGUGGCCCUCAGAAAGUUCUCCACAAGAGAAUGCGGCCCUGGUCUUAAUCCUUACGAUGGGCAGCAGUUCCCUGAUGAAAGCUCUACGGUUGCUAAAAACACCAGCGGUUGGUGGUGUUCCCCCAUAGUAAAAAACCCCCCAGAAUUUCCGCAUAAUUUUUACAUAAACAUACAAAUGGUCAAUAAUAAAGUCUAGGAACUUUAAGGUUUGCCACACUUCUGGAACAUGGAAAAAACAAAACAACGCUCCAAGUGGAAUUUAACAAUCGCUACGCUAAUUAAAUAAAGGGACGCGGGUGGCGCUGUGGGUAAAACCUCAGUGCCUAGGGCUUGCCGAUCGCAUGGUCGGCGGUUCGAAUCCCCGCGGCGGGGUGAGCUCCCGUCUUUCGGUCCCAGCUCCUGCCCACCUAGCAG